CACCUCUUUUAUUCCAUUAUUAUAUUAUCAAGGAAAGUAGUAUGAAUAAUUAUAAUGCCUAAACGAAUUCGAACGUGAACUGAUUCCAAAGUACAAAAAAUAUCAUAAAGCUGAGUAAUAGGAAAAUAUUCUAAGUUUUAAUUGAUAAGACAUAUACGUCGUUGGAAGGAAACACUCUUUUUUACGAUUUCGAUUAAAAAUUAUUAGAUAAUUGUGUGUGUGCGUGUGUUUUCCUUUUGUCUUUUUUUUUUUUUUUAAUCACCGUUUAAAAUAUUUUUAUAAAUCAAGAUAUAAUAUGGUUAUUUCUUGUGUUGAUUCUUUGAAAGGAAUUGUAAAUCAUUCCUUUCAAAAUAAAGAACCAUGGCAGAUCGUUUCUAUAACUGCUACAACUCUACUUGGAACUAUUUGGAUAUGGAAUUUUAUUUUCUCCCAAGAUAAAACCAUUAUGGAAAGAGGAAAAAAGCAGUUUUUUAAAUUAGCUCGUUAUAUACCAUCUAUUAGAGAUAGAAUUGAUAAAGAACUUUCAGAUGUUAAUGAAUCUUUUGAAAAAGAUACAAUGCGUAAACUUAUGAAUACUCCAUUUAUUGUCGAACUUCCAAAGAAUGGUCUAAGUCAUGAUAAAGUAUUAUUGAAAGUACAGGAAUGUGUAAAAAUGGGUGAUUAUGAAUGGAAAAAGGGAAGAGUAUCGGGUACAGUUUAUAGAAAUGAUUCUGGUCUUAUGUGUUUAAUGGCUGAUGUUUAUAAGAUUGCAUCAUAUACCAAUCCAUUACAUCCUGAUGUUUUUCCUGGUGUCUGUAAAAUGGAAGCAGAGGUUAUUAGAAUAUCUUGUCGUUUGUUCAAUGGCGAUGAGAAUACAUGUGGAACUAUGACAACAGGUGGUACAGAAUCGAUUAUAUUAGCUUGUAAAGCUUAUAGAGAUUAUGGUAGAGAAUUUAAAGGUAUAGAAAGACCAGAAAUGAUAGUACCAGUAACGGCACAUAGUUCAUUUGAUAAAGCUGCACAGUACUUAAAUAUAAAAGUACGCACAGUACCUGUCAAUUCCCAUAGUUAUACAGCCUCUAUUAAAGCUAUGGAAAAUGCUAUAAAUAAAAAUACAAUAAUGCUGGUAUCUUCAGCACCUAAUUUUCCAUAUGGAACGAUGGACAAUAUUGAGGCAAUUUCAAAGCUUGGUGUAAAAUAUAAUAUUCCAGUUCAUGUUGAUGCCUGUUUGGGUGGAUUUCUUAUUUGCUUUAUGUCAGAUAUAGGAUACAAUUUACCACCCUUUGAUUUUAGAUUGCCUGGUGUAACUAGUAUAUCUGCUGACACACACAAGUAUGGAUAUGCACCAAAAGGAUCUUCGGUCAUACUUUAUAGAGAGAAAAAAUAUAGACAUCAUCAAUAUACUAUAACAACAGAUUGGCCUGGUGGUAUUUAUGGAUCACCAACUAUAAAUGGUUCUAGAUCUGGUGGAAUAAUAGCCUCGUGUUGGGCCAGUUUAAUAUAUUUCGGAUACGAUGGAUAUGUGCAAGCAACGAAAAAAAUUAUUGAAACUACUAAAUACAUUGAACAAGAAUUAAGAAAAUUGGAUGGAAUUUUUAUUUUUGGCACACCUGUAACUUCGGUAAUUGCAUUAGGUUCUAAUGACUUUCAUAUCUAUAGAUUGUCUGAAGCACUUGGUGCAAAAGGAUGGAGUUUAAAUCCACUUCAAUUCCCUUCUGGUAUACAUAUUUGUAUUACGUAUGUUCAUACAGAACCAGGUAUUGCUGAUCAAUUUUUAAAUGACGUUAGAACCGAAUUAACAAAUAUAUUAAAAGUUCCUGAUCUUCCAAUUGAAGGAAAACUUGCAAUGUAUGGAAUGAGUCAAAGCAUACCAGAUAGAAGUAUCGUUAAAGAUAUUGCAAGAUCCUUUUUGGAUUCAAUAUAUUACACUGGCAAUAACAAACAAACGAACAUGCAAGAUACAUAAAAAUAAUAUAUUGUAUAUUUUCAAAAAAAAUUAGUAACAAAAUAAAAUUUAAGUAUCCUUAUUGAUACAUUCUUUUCAGAAUUAUAAGCAGAAAAUGAAUAAUAAAAUUGAUACAAAC